AUGACAGAAACGCAUGCAAAAGAUAAUGGAUCAACGAGCGCCAAUGGAUUCGAGAAAGAGACAAGUGUUGCCUCGAACGAAACGCUAGUGUCGCUGGACGACUAUAUCAACAAUGCAUUGGCUUCACAUAUGCAACAGUUUUUCACGGGAAACAUGCAAUCCCUUGGUAAUAAUAAUAUUGGACACAGUACCAACUCAUCUUCAUUGAUUCUUUCGAGAGAUCUUGGAAUGGACACGAUUUUAGAUCGUUUGAAAAAUGAUGGAAUAAUUGCGGAAGCUGGAAAUGCGCGUCAGUCGCAACAGUCGUCGUUCUCAGCCUGGUCAUUUGCGGAGGGCUUGAUCGUGGGACAAGCUAGCGUUAUUUUAGUUCUCAUAUUUUUCAUCAAAUUCUUUAUCUUUAGCGAGGGUCCUUUGAAAAACGAAAGAUCAGACGCUUCAAUGUCAAACGCAAAUUCCAACAAAUCUGCUUUUAGUGCUCCCCCCUUGAUCUCGACGACAACGUCACAGUUUCUGUCGUCAAUCAUCAAACGCAGGGACGAUAGUCAGUUCAAAAACGCAGAAGAGAAUGACAUGCGGUUUUCUCUGAUUAAUUCGAUUCUAGAAAAGACCUACUAUAAUGUUGACACGCAUGCACCAGAGUCCUUAGAUUGGUUUAACGUACUCAUCGCGCAGGCAAUUCAACAGAUUCGACAGGAAGCAUUACAAAAGGACAAUAUUGUUCAUUUUUUGAACGAUUUGGUAUCGAGAAAAUCUCAAGAGUUCCCGCGUUACUUGGACACGAUUAAAAUCACCGAGCUCGACAUUGGAGAGGACUUCCCUAUAUUCUCUAAUUGUCGCAUACAAUAUUCUCCCAAUUCUAAUAAGAAACGGCUCGAAGCGAAAAUCGACAUCGAUCUUCGUGAUAAACUGACUCUAGGAUUUGAAACCAAACUACUGAUGAACUAUCCGAAAGCAUUCACGGCUGCACUUCCUGUGCAAUUGACUGUAUCAAUUGUACGUUUUCAGGCGUGUUUAACGGUGUCUCUCACCACUGAAGAAGAGUUUUCCUCGACCUCAAAUGGCGCGUUUGACUCUUCCGAUGGCGUGAGCGCAUAUUUCUUGAUGUUUUCCUUUUCACCGGAGUACAAAAUGGAUUUUGAUAUAAAAUCUUUAAUAGGAGCGAGGUCUAAGCUUCAAAACAUUCCUAAAAUAAGUCUCCUUAUCGAGAGUCAAAUCAAAAGGUGGUUUGUCGAGAGGUGCGUCGAGCCGCGGUUUCAAUUCGUUAGAUUACCAAGUAUGUGGCCCAGGAGUAAAAACACUAGAGAGGAGAAGUCAGAAAGCGAGGAUGCACCUGCAAAAGCUGCGGAUUUUAUGCCGUCAUGA